AAUAGCGGUCUGCAAGGCAACCGGUCUUUUUUUGACAAGAGUCAACAAGUUGUAUUAUUCCCAUCACAUACCGCAUCCAUCACUUGGAAGAGUGACUGGCUCAGGGGAAAGGAAGAGUAUGAGAGAGUCAGACAGCGUGUUCGACAUUUUGCGCCAGCAUUGUUCAAAGCAGACCCAAGACCUGAUGUGGAUCCUGCAGAAGUCUUUCCUCAGGAUGCGUCAGAGUGGAUCGAGCACAAGAAAGGGUACUUGGCGUUCAUGGAAGCAGAGAAGCGUGAAGACAUCGAGAACAUGAAGGCUCGAAUCACUGCCAUGGAGAAGAUACCACCCGCUCAGAGAAAGGUAAUGCUAGCAUUUUCCGGCAAGGUCUUCAAGGAUGGCCUCAGCCUGGUGGUAGCACUUCCCACAGUCUGGUCUGUCAAUUACAGUGGUCUUGGUAGAGGUAUGUCCAAUUGGCCGAGUCGAGGUGAAAUGCAAUGGAAUGGAGAUAGUCGCCAGAAUGGUUCUGCGAAGACCAAAUGCGGAAGAUUCCUCCCACCCCCACGAGUCCCAACCACAGGCACAUUACAAGAGCAAUCCUUCAUGAGACCAUGGUUUUUGGAUGAGACUGGACCGAUUCGUAGCACAGGACCCCAGCCAGACGAAAUUCGAUACCAAAAUGCACUCAUGGACAAUGAUCCAGAGUUCGAGGCGACGGGCGCUGCUUUGAUAGGAUCUGAUCUCAUAUCCGAAAUUGGCGAAUGGAGAGAACCAUAUAUUCUUGUGCAUCAACACGAGGAGCUCCAACCAAUGGCUGAGAAUCCAGAAAUGCAAUACCGCUAUGUGGAGCAAGGCAUGGCACCAGGACUGCAGUACGAAGCUCUAUACAACAUGCCUGUGCAGUACCAAUACUGGGGUGGUGGGCAGGAGCAGGCUGGCACGUAUGGUGAUGGAGCGAGCUGGUAUUGA